AUGACCAAUCACUACCGACUUGUUAUUGAGUUUGACACGGAGAUUCAGGCAAAAGGAGCUUAUCAUUUUUGGAGAACAGGUAGCAUUGCACAAAGGCGGCAACAUAAAGAGCGGAAAUCCUCCGUAGGGAAUACAGAUUGGCGGCAAGGAAAUAUAGGAAUAUCAGGAGUUGAUAUGGAUAAUAAAAAUAUAAUCGUUUCAGAAUUCCUAGGGCAUGGAAUUGUGCACUUGUACAAGAUUGGUGAGGCUACUAGUGAAGAGAGCGAUCUACUGCGCAUCCCAGGAGAUGAUACAAUGGUAAGCAUACUUUUUGUGCCAAAUUAUCUUACUGUUCAUGAGUUGCUACACUCCUUUCUUGGAGAUGAUGUGGUGGAUAAGGUAUCACAUUUUAGAGUAAUAAGAUGCCAUGAAGAGAUGGGGUUUAAAUUUAUGGUUCUAAUGAAAUUUCGAGAAUCCAUAACUGCAAGACACUUCAAAGAGCAAUAUGACGGAAAGAAGUUCAACAGCAUGGACCCAGAAGAGUGUCAUGUUGUUUACAUAAAGGAAAUCGUGUUCAGAAAACAGCUUUUUCCAGGUCUUCAGAAAUCUAGUUUUCCUUACUUGCUGCAUGAUCCAUUUACCAAUAGCCAACCUCAGAAUGAUGUAGAGCUCCCUACGUGUCCGGUAUGUCUAGAGAGAAUGGAUUCGGAAACCACCGGUUUGGUAACGAUACCAUGUCAGCACACUUUUCACUGCCAGUGCCUGGACAAAUGGAAGGAUAGUAGGUGUCCUGUUUGCAGAUAUUCAACACUUAAAGUUACACGCAGUUCGGUUCUCAGCCAAAAUACUCGAUGUAGCACAUGCGGGGCCAGCGAGAAUCUGUGGAUAUGCUUGAUUUGCGGAAACAUCGGAUGUGGUCGUUACAACUCCAAACAUGCAAUUCAACACUAUGAAGAUACAGCUCAUUGUUUUGCAAUGGACAUAGCGACACAGCGUGUUUGGGAUUAUGCAGGCGACAACUACGUGCACAGACUGAUACAGAAUGAGGUGGAUGGUAAACUUGUUGAGGUUGGAUCUUCAUCGCGGGAAAACAGCUCUAAAAACAACAAAGACUACCACCUAGAAUACGUGCAUGUACUAAUUUCUCAGCUAGAGUCACAGAGAGAGUAUUAUGAGAGCAAGUUGGAACAAUCUACUAGGCAGCAGCACGAUCAAGUUACUUUAAGUAUGCUGCAACAGCAGAUGGAAGGAUUGCGAGUACAAGUUAGCGAUUCUGCAACAAAGCACAAACAACAAAUAGCUUUUCUUAAUGACCAGUUGAAGGAAGAGCGGAUGCUUUCGAAGGGCCUUCAACAGAACCUUGAGCACCUGAGUAAGUCUCACCAAAAAUUGCAAGAGCAAUACGAUAAGAAUCAGGAAGAGAAACAGGAUCUCCAAGAACAAGUGAACGAUCUCAUGUUUUAUCUUGAGUCGCAGGAGAAGUUCAAAAAUGCAGAUGAGUCCGUGAAGCAAGGGAAGGUAGUCAUUAAACAGAAAAAAGGCGCGCAGAGUUCGAAGAGAUGA